AACAUGAAUAAAUCAAAAGGGAGCUGCUGAUUGCGACUGGGAGCUUGAGACCCACCGCUGAAAAGCUCAAUCCUCUCCGCCCUUUCCACACUAAACUCCCAGCAGACUCCCCCACUCCCCAUGUCUUCUGGAGUAAGAAGUGGCGGCGGAGGAGAUCACCAUGGCGUCCACCACCAGCAUGGCCACGGCCACCUCGCCGGAGCCGACGACGGCGCCGAGUACGCGUUCUACAGCAACGACAUGGAGAGCUUCUUCUUCAAUCAGCCGGCGUCGGCGGACGUCAAUAAUGGAGGCAGCAGAACUGGCGCCGACGAGCUCACCAUGCCGCCGUACUCCAGCGUCACGGACUACCUACAGGGGUUCAUGGACAUGGACCCCUCUGGGCUAGCUCGGCACCUCGACGCGCCGUGCCUGCUGGCGGAGGACGCCCCGCUCAAGCAUGAGCUGUCCGUCGAUGUGAGCUACGACAGCCAGGGCACCAGCGGCGCGCCCGGAGAUGGGGCGGCGGCGAUGCACACGCCGAACUCGUCGGUGUCUCUCUCGUCGAGCGACCGGGAGGGGGAGGGCCAGCUUCGUCGGUGCAGGAAGGGCAGGCCGAAGGCGGAGGAUGAUGCGGAGGGGGAUGAGAAAGAUCAAGAAGACGGGGAGAAUUCCACCAAAGCAUCCAAGAAGAAGGCCGAGAAGAGGCAGCCCCGCGUUGCCUUCCUCACCAAGAGCGAGGUGGAUCACCUUGAGGACGGCUACCGGUGGCGCAAGUACGGCCAGAAGGCGGUCAAGAACAGUCCUUACCCAAGGAGCUACUACCGGUGCACGGCGCCCAAGUGCGGCGUGAAGAAGCGCGUGGAGCGGUCGUACCAGGACCCGUCGACGGUGGUCACCACGUACGAGGGACAGCACACGCACCACAGCCCCGCCAGCUUCCGCGCCGGCGGCGCGCACCUCUUCAUGCCCAACGCGCACGCGCUGCCGCCGCAGCACCUGAUGCUGCCGUCCAGCUUCCGCCCGGCGGACCUGAUGGGCAUGGUGCACCCCGUCAGCAUGGGCGCAAACCUUAGCAUGUUCCUGCCAACUAUGCCUCCUCAUAUGCCAUCGCCGGCGUCUCGUGCUCAUCCUCUUCAGCAGCAGCAGCACCAGUUCACUGACUACGCGCUCUUGCAAGACCUUUUCCCUUCCACAAUGCCCAACAACCCAUAACUAACUGCUACACAAUUAGCUAGCCUAGCUAGAAUCGACAUGAGAGAUGCUGUCCAAGUACUCUGCGCCAUAUGUGAUCACCUGAUGGCCUUGCGCUUUGGGCUUGGUCUAAUGGGGAGGGAACUGCAGUUAUUAUUGAUUGAUUAAUCUGCUAGCUUUCAUCUUAAACAUUGGUUUACAGUUCUUACCCUUCCAUUUGUCAACUCUCCGCUGCGCGGAUUGCAUGGGAGGUACUAGAGAUGGAACCGAGUACUUUUUAUAGCUAUCACUAUAACGGCAACUAAUUUAUGUACGGCGCCUCUAGACUUCUUGUACGUGUACAUAUCAUGUGUUCCUCAUUGAAUCAUUUGGGAGAAAAAAACUGGAAGAGGAGUAUUUCAUUUCA